GAGUUUUCAAAAUCUCGUAUGGCAGACCAGGACAAGCAUAGAGACCGAGACCUCCGCCUUGUUUCUUUCUCCUCCAUCACCACCAUAUCACCUUCAUACCAUAAUUAUCUUUACCUUCCUUUCUGACAGAACCAGAACUCGACCAAACCCAAUUAAAAAUUCUAACGAUUAUUAGCCCUGAGAGAAAAAAAUUGAUGCAAAGACCGUAUGCGUCUUGCACCUUAUGUCAUUGUUUAUUGUAGGUGUAAAAACGAAAUGCCACCAAACCUCAACACCUACAAUCUCUGUCCCUUAAUCUCCACUUCAUUACCCCAAUUACCAAGAAUGAAAACCCCACCACAGCUGCAUCCUAAAAGCCCCUUUUGAUGAUCUUCCUUAAAGCUUCUGUUUCAUGCCCUCUUAUUUUUUGUGGGUUUUAAAUGAAACAUGGUAUUGGAGGGUAAAAGACCCACCAUGAGCAAUAACAGGAGGGGGUUUUAUGUUAGAAUGAGACUAUUACACAGGCAUGCUGGACUUCAACAAGAGAAGAAGAAGAAUCUUUGUUUCAAAUAUUACAAAUGGCUUCUUUGGUUUUCUCUUCUUCUAUAUUUCCUUAGCUCUUGCUUCUUCACCCACAAACCCAUUCCCCUCUCCAAAACCCAUGUCUCAAAAUCUAAAACUGUUGUUUCCCGUGCCCUCUUUGAAUCCUCCAACUCCACUUUCAUUCAACAGGGCAACAACAUCAAUCGAGGAUUAUUAAAGGAUUUGAAGGUAUACAUAUAUGAGUUGCCAUCAAAAUACAACACGGACUGGCUAACAAAUGAGCGGUGCAGCAGCCAUUUGUUUGCAUCAGAAGUUGCCAUUCAUAAAGCACUAUCAAACAGUCUUGAUGUACGGACGUUUGACCCAUACGAAGCUGAUUUCUUCUUUGUUCCUGUUUACGUGUCCUGCAAUUUCAGCACCGUUAAUGGGUUUCCUGCAAUUGGUCAUGCAAGGUCCUUAUUAUCAUCUGCGGUGCAGUUCAUUUCCUCUAACUAUCCAUUUUGGAACCGCUCUCAAGGAUCCGAUCAUGUCUUUGUUGCCUCUCACGAUUACGGCGCUUGUUUCCAUGCCAUGGAGGAGAGAGCUAUGGAAGAUGGGAUCCCAGAGUUUUUGAAGAGGUCGAUCAUAUUGCAGACUUUUGGUGUCAAAUUUAACCAUCCAUGCCAAGACGUUGAGAAUGUCUUGAUACCACCUUAUAUCUCGCCGGAAAGCGUACGGACAACCCUCGAGAAGUAUCCGCUGACCGGGCGGCGGGACAUUUGGGCCUUCUUUAGAGGCAAAAUGGAAGUGCACCCCAAGAACAUUAGUGGACGAUAUUACAGCAAGAAAGUGAGGACGGUGAUAUGGAGAAAAUACAGCGGUGACCGGAGGUUUUAUUUGCAAAGGCACAGGUUUGCCGGUUACCAGUCAGAAAUCGUCCGGUCAGUGUUCUGUUUAUGCCCCUUGGGAUGGGCCCCAUGGAGCCCAAGGCUGGUGGAAUCUGUUGCCUUAGGGUGCGUGCCGGUCAUAAUUGCGGAUGGCAUCCGGUUGCCCUUCCCCACCGCUGUCCGGUGGUCGGAGAUAUCCCUAACCGUGGCUGAAAAGGACGUGGCCAACCUAGGAACUCUGCUCGACCAGGUGGCAGCAACCAAUUUGUCAGCCAUUCAGAAAAACUUGUGGGGCCCAGACGUUAGGCGGGCCCUCCUUUUCAAUGAUCGAGUGCAGGAAGGCGAUGCCACGUGGCAGGUCCUUUAUGCCUUGGCGCAGAAGCUGGACAGGUCGUACAGAACCGUGAGGCUUCCAAACUAAUAGUGGUUCGACACGUGGAAGGUGCUUUUUUGGGGACCCAAGUGCCAGCUAAGGAGGUCCGCUUUCGCCAGCUAAGAAACAUGGAGCACAGCUGGAUUUUUAAUGUUUUUCUUGGACUGAUCAAAGCUACGGGGAUUUUUAGAGGGAACGAGGUGGGGUCAAGCUUAUGCAGAAAUUAAGUUUAUUUGCAGAAUUUUUUUUGUGGUCCCGUGACUUGCUUGGUGAGUUGGCUGACUGUGAUUGAUGGGGCCGAACGGUACAUAUAAUUGUAAAGAAACACUGUAGAUGAUGGCGAGGUGUUUAUAUUUUGAGAAAUAAUGAGAGAAUAAAUGCAAAAAUAGGCCCUGUAAAUACUCUAAUAAAGAGUCGAAGUCGAUUGCAAUUUACCGAAAA